AUGCCGCCUAAGAGUGAUUGGGAAAAAUAUAAGCCUUCUGUUGAAGAGGACGACAAGGCUGAUGAAAAAAUCACGCCUCUGAGUGAAGGAGACAUCCAGGUCUUGAAGACAUACGGUGCCGCCCCGUACAGCACAUCCCUUAAGUCUAUUGAAAAGGAUUUGAAAGAUGUGGAGUCCAGGAUAAAGGAGAAGAUCGGAAUUGAAGAAAGUGACACUGGACUGGCCAAUUCGAGCUUAUGGGAUGUUGCUGCUGACAAACAGAGAAUGUCUGAAGAACAGCCUCUACAAGUGGCAAGAUGUACCAAGAUCAUCCAAUCAAACGAUGGAGGUGAAGAAUCCGAUCAACCAGACGAGAAAUCAAAAUACGUCAUAAACGUGAAGCAAAUUGCGAAAUUUGUGGUUGGUUUGGGCCAGAGAGUAUCACCAACAGAUAUCGAAGAGGGCAUGAGGGUUGGUGUUGAUAGAAACAAGUACGAGAUUCAGCUACCCUUACCUCCCAGGAUUGAUCCCAGCGUGACGAUGAUGACAGUGGAAGAGAAGCCAGAUGUGACAUACAGCGAUGUUGGAGGGUGCAAAGAACAGAUCGAGAAGUUGAGGGAAGUUGUCGAGCUUCCUCUGCUUUCCCCUGAAAGAUUUGUCAAGUUGGGUAUUGACCCACCGAAGGGUAUACUGUUAUACGGGCCACCUGGUACCGGAAAGACGCUAUGUGCCAGAGCCGUGGCCAACAGAACAGAUGCCACGUUCAUAAGAGUGAUUGGCUCUGAACUUGUACAAAAGUACGUGGGUGAGGGAGCCAGAAUGGUUAGAGAGCUGUUCGAGAUGGCGAGAACCAAGAAGGCUUGUAUCAUCUUCUUUGACGAAGUUGAUGCCAUUGGAGGUGCCAGAUUCGAUGAUGGUGCCGGUGGUGACAACGAAGUGCAGAGAACCAUGUUGGAGCUGAUCACUCAAUUAGACGGUUUCGACCCUAGAGGUAAUAUCAAGGUCAUGUUCGCCACCAACAGACCGAACACCUUAGAUCCCGCUUUACUGAGACCCGGAAGAAUUGACCGUAAGGUGGAAUUCUCGUUGCCCGACUUGGAAGGCCGCGCCAGUGUUUUCAGAAUCCACUCCAAAUCCAUGUCCUGUGAGCGCGAUAUCAGAUGGGAGUUGAUCUCCAGACUGUGUCCAAACUCUACUGGUGCAGAGUUAAGAUCUGUUUGUACGGAGGCUGGUAUGUUUGCCAUCAGAUCGAGAAGAAAGGUUGCAACUGAAAAGGACUUUUUGGCGGCCGUUGAGAAGGUUAUCAAGGGAAACAUGAAGUUCAGUUCCACGAGUCAGUACAUGCAAUAUAAUUAA